GUGGCACCACCGAGUUGUCGAAAUUAUAUCUUCGGUAUUCUAUCCCUUUCUGAGUGUCUUCGCGUGUGUUGGCCUCUUUUGAUUCCAUUGCUCAUCAGAGGGCUCCGGUCAACACCGUCGGCCAAGACCCGAACCCUCUCUCUCACUUUCUCUCUCUUCAUUUCUCUCUAAUAUUCCCAGAAAAACCCUAAAAUUUAAUAAUAAGAAAUUUCCUCAUUUUCUUCCCUAAAUUCUGCAAUUCCAAAGUCAACCAUCCCAAUCCAAUUUCAAAUUAUCGAUCUCCACGCCCCUCUUCUCUUUCACUCAACUCUUCGAGCCGCGGAGCUAUGUCGUCCGAGAUCGAGGUCGUCGAGGAGGUCCAAUCCACCAAUCAUAAUCAAUCGCCGCCCUCAGCUUCCAGCGACGUCCCGGAAGAGAGUCUCCGCAACGACGUGUACGCCGCCGCGGCGUACGGGGAUCUAGAGAAGCUGCAGAGGCUGGUGGAGCGUGAGGGAUGCAGCGUGUCGGAGCCUGAUGGGCUGGGCUACUAUGCACUCCAGUGGGCGGCUCUCAACAACCACACUGCGGCAGCUCAGUACAUCAUUGAGCAUGGGGGAGAUGUGAAUGCCACGGAUCAUACUGGCCAGACAGCAUUACAUUGGAGUGCAGUUCGAGGUGCUAUUCAGGUUGCGGAGCUUUUACUCCAAGAGGGUGCCCGACUGAACGCUGCUGAUAUGAAGGGAUAUCAGACAACUCAUGUUGCUUCUCAAUACGGUCAGACAGCUUUCAUUUACCACAUUGUUUCAAAAUGGAAUGCUGACCCCGAUGUUCUUGAUAAUGAUGGAAGAAGCCCCUUGCAUUGGGCUGCUUACAAAGGUUUUGCUGAUUGUAUACGUCUUCUAUUAUUUCUUGAUGCACAUAGAGGACGACAAGACAAAGAGGGUUGCACUCCUCUUCAUUGGGCUGCUAUUAGGGGUAACUUGGAGGCUUGUACUGUCUUGGUACAGGCUGGCAAGAAGGAAGACCUGAUUGUGACUGAUAAUACAGGCCUUACACCAGCACAACUAGCUUCUGAUAAGAAUCACAGACAAGUUGCUUUUUUCCUUGUACGUGUUUUAUAACCAAAAUAUUGUCAGUUGUUUAGAACAAUGUCAUCUGCUCUCCCUCCUUAUCUUUGGUGUAUAAUUUUUCUGCUCUUGGUCACAUAUAUUCAUUCCGUCAUAUUGGCAACAAAUCUGCCAAAGCUGACAGCUGCAACUGGCCUUCUUGCAUGGCUUGGAGUUUUACUUGCAACUGUUGGAUUGGCUAUGUUUUACAGGUGUAGCAGCAAGGAUCCAGGUUUCAUCAGAUUAAAUAAGAGUGACACACAGAAUAUGAAAGAUGAUGAGCCUCUAUUGAAGAUUGAGAUAAAUAAUCCUGCUUUGCUAGCUGGAAAUUGGUCCCAGCUCUGUGCAACAUGCAAGAUUGUCAGGCCUCUUCGUGCAAAACACUGUUCUACUUGCGACCGUUGUGUGGAACAAUUUGACCACCAUUGUCCUUGGGUUUCCAACUGCAUUGGGAAGAAGAACAAAUGGGAUUUCUUUGUCUUUCUUGUUCUUGAAGUUUCAGCAAUGAUAAUAACCGGUGGAGUUACUCUUUCAAGGGUGUUAACCGAUCCAAUGGCUCCUUCCUCAUUUGGAACAUGGCUUCAGUAUGUUGGCAAGGAACACGUUGGUGCAAUAUCAUUUAUAAUUGCUGAUUUUUUCCUCUUUUUUAGCGUGUUUGCUUUGACUUUUGUUCAGGCUAGUCAGAUUUCGCGCAAUACUACAACAAAUGAAAUGGCAAACGCAAUGCGGUAUAGCUACCUCAGAGGUCCAAAUGGUAGAUUCAGAAACCCAUAUGAUCAUGGUUGCAAGAAGAACUGUUCUGAUUUCUUGAUCAAUGGGUACAAUGAAGAUAUAAGUAUUGAUGAAUUAGGCGAUUCAGAGGAGGGUAUUGGAAUGACGAACAUCGGUAGGGGCUCGAACUUCGCAAACGGGGACUCCCAUUCUCGUUCUCAUUCUCAUUCUGAACGCACAAAUGGGCAUCAUGUUAUUAAUGUGAAUUCCAGUAGUUCCAAUCACAGCCACCGUCAUGGACAUGUUAAUGGCCAUGUUCAUUCUGCACAUUGUAGUCACAAUAACCAUGGCAAAGCCAGAAAUGAAAGCAUCCCAUUGGGCUUAGGUCUUGGCCUUGGACGGAACAGCAUAGUUGCACCCUCUUCAUGAUAUUAACACGUCCGCUUGUACCCAAUUGUAAUGAUGUAUAUCAUAGGCACACAUCCAUGUUAGUUUUUACGUUAAUAUUCAAUUUUUUAUGGCUCUUUUCUACCAUCACCAGAGUGCAAUUCUCUGUUUUCCC